AUGUUCUCUACCUUCCAGGGCUUUGUUGAGCCCUCAGGCUCCGGGUUACUUAAAGAGCCAAAGCCUGCGCGAGGUCUCCAUGCAUGCGGUAACUGCAAGCGGCGAAAGAUACGCUGCGACGGCCGAAAACCUUGUAACCAGUGCGAGUCGAGGGAUUUGCAGGCAAGAUGCGUCUACACCCAACAAAUCCAACGUGUCGUGCCUUCAAAGAGAACACUAGAGAGCUUAUCCAAAAGUCUCAAAGAACGCGACUCCAUUCUAAAUCGCCUUUUCCCGAAUCACAGGAUUUCGGACUUGACCUCGCUAUCAGACCAGGAGCUUCGUGAAGCCAUGUUACGUGGACGUUCGACUGAUAAAGUCUUGCCGUCUCCUUCGGACAGUACCCCUCAACAGUCUGUUACUCAAGACUCACAAUGGGACGAGGAGAGACGUGAGCGAGACCCCUUACCUGCUGAGGCUGAUGAUGUUAAUGCACUGUCUCUGCCGUUUGACCGACAGGCGUCGUAUCUUGGCAUUUCUUCCAUCAGAGCAGCGCUUGCAGCUAUGCUUCAUGUUCGACCUCAGUUACGUGGUUUGCUAGCCUCCCGCCAGACAACCAUCAACAGUACCAACGCUAGACAUGAGGAGGUUCGACAUUGCUAUCAUCCCUCCAGGCCCUUGUCAGAAUAUCCUCGCAUCAAAUGGAGCAGCAAAGGACAGGCACUAGUUGAUGCAUACUUCCAGCGGAUCCAUAUCUUUACCCCAAUGAUCGACGAAACCUCAUUUAGAACGAAUUACCUUAGUAGUCAACGUCAGGACUCGCCUUGGCUUGCUCUCUUGAAUAUGGUCCUGGCCAUGGGCAGUAUCGUAUCUAGUAAGUCCAGUGACCGGGAUCAUUGCAAGUUCUACACCGCAGCCAUGAGACACCUCGACCUCAGCGCCUUUGGAAGCAGUCGCAUCGAAACGCUACAGGCCCUUGCUCUUGCUGGAGGCUACUAUCUUCACUAUAUCAACCGACCCAAUAGAGGCAAUGCAAUUCUUGGUGCGGCCUUUCGGAUGGCGAGUGCACUUGGCUUCCAUCGAGAGCCUUCACAACAGGACGGAGACGGCGAUCAAUUUGAAGCAGCAGAAGUGAGGCGGCGUACUUGGUGGUCUCUUGUUUGCCUGGACACUUGGACCACCACGACUUUGGGUAGGCCCUCUUUUGGUCGUUUCUCUCCUUCCAUUGAUAUCCAAUUGCCCAAGCUCUAUCUCGAUGGAGAAGAGGAGUAUAGGCAAGACAUGGGAAUGGCGACGCUUGUUGAGAACAUUCGCUUUUGCCGAAUUGCAACUGAGAUACAGGAUAGCCUAGCCGUAACCUCAGUUCUCAACGCGGAAGACCGAAACCGGUUCGAUGAGGAAUUGAUAAAUUGGCAUAGUCGCCUGCCCUCCAUCCUUACCGAUGAUAUAGACGUUGAUGAACCGAUUCGUCUUGCUCGGUGCAUUAUGAGAUGGCGAUACUGGAACUUGCGCAUGCUUCUAUAUCGUCCAACACUCUUGGACGCUGCAACUGGCCAUCUAACGGAGCUGGAAGUCGACCACAGCGCCAUCGAGAAGUGCCAAGAGCUUUCGAAGAAAGCCAUUGAAGAUGUAGCCAAGACGUGGCUGAGCCAUCAGAUGUCGGGAUGGAACGCAGUGUGGUUCCUUUACCAGGCUGCCAUGAUACCUCUACUUAGCAUGUUGUGGAAACCUCAGAGCGCUGCUGUUCCUGAGUGGCGAAGUCAGGUACAGACCGCCUUGAGGCUCUUUGAGGAGAUGCAGGAUUGGUCAUUGACCGCGCGUUGUAGCAAAGGAGUUGUGAGCCAAAUCUUUGAAACAAGUUGCGAUUUGAUGCGCCAAGGAGAACAGUCUUGCAUUGAACCAGACAUGAACGGUCAGCGUUAA